AUGAAGCUUUCUGAUAAACUGAAAGGACAUACUUUUUCUAUGGAUAAACAUACUUUCGUUAACUUGCUACUAAACGGCCGGUGGCGCCAUCACAUUAAAAACCACAGUGUCAACCAUUUCUGGUGUUGCAUUUAUACAUCUUUGAGUUAUUUACCGCAAAUACUCUCCUCUUGUAUUCUUUUUAUCUGUGCUGUAAUUUCACACACUCUCUUGUUCUAUUCUAUAUUUCUGUUUCUUUAG